CCGGCGGCUGCACGUCCUCCUUUUCUUCGUGUUUCCAAAUCUUCAAUACUCUCUGCAUCCCUCGCUUUGAUGAAUGGUUCCUGUGGCGCUGUUAAUACUGCUUUAAUGGCUCCUAGCGAUAAGAGCACGCGAGUAUUUGAUUCUGCUUCCGCGUGCACCAGCGGUCGGCCGACCAACGUUCCUAUCCAGUCGGCUCCCGCUCCCUUAUCAUUCGGUCAGGAGAUUCUUGCGCAGAUCUAUCAUCAAAACUCUGAGAUGGAUGCGCUCAUUCGUUUGCAGAACGAGAGAAUUCGUCUUGGUGCGGAGGAAGUGCGAAAAAGGCACUGCAGAUCACUGUUCUCCAACUUAAAGCAAAUCGUGGUGAAACGAUUCCAAGAGAAGGAGAUUGAGCUGGAGGAAGCUAACCGAAAGAAUGCCGAACUUGAGGAGAAGAUCCAGCAGGUGAAUGCUGAGAGCCAGUUGUGGUUCAAUGUAGCCAAGAACAACGAAGUAUUAGUUUCCAAUCUCAGGACAAAUCUCGAGCAAGUUCUAUUACAGAACGCUGCUACCGCCGCUGCUGUUACCCCCUUGACGGAAGGUUAUGGUGACAGCGAUGGGAUAGCCGGCGAUGCGGAGUCUUUCUGCUUUGACGACGAUACUCGUAUGGCUGCAGCGGCGCUGCCAACAUGCAUGCCUUCUACGGCGAAGAAAACUACUCUGCAACAAAUGAAUUGCAAGGUUUGUGGCGUAGUUGAAGUUUCUGUGCUUGUUCUUCCAUGUCGGCAUCUUUGCUUGUGCCAGAAUUGCGAGUCUAGCGUCGCCAUCUGUCCUCUCUGCAACUACCCCAAGAACGCAAGCUUACAAGUUUUCAUGUGAGGACGAUGCAAGCUGAGAAUAUUAAAUUUCAUUUUUUGGUUUCCUUUUUUUCACGGUCGAACGAUAUCUGUAAUUUUGUUCUUUUAAAUGGCUCCCAAAUGAAAUUUGUAUUUCUGUAAAGUUUCUUUAAG